CGACCAUGACUUCGAGCUACGAGGAGGACGGGACGACGACCCCGGCGUCUGAGGAGACCGCUCUGUUGUCGCCGCGGAAUGGGAAGCAGAAGAGGAGGCCUACGCCGCUGCCCAAGGUGCAGAUGAGCAUCAUCCUGCUGGCGCAACUGGCAGAGCCGAUCAUGAGCCAGUGCAUAUAUCCUUUCAUCAACGACCUUGUGCGUACCCUGGACAUCACGGGAGGCGAUGAGAGUAAGGUCGGGUAUUAUGCGGGGUUGAUCCAAUCGCUCUUCUUCGCUACGGAGGCUCUCACCGUCUUGCAAUGGAGUCGCCUAUCCGAUCGCAUAGGACGCAAGCCCGUACUCCUCAUCGGCUUGUCCGGUUUAUUCUUCUCCAUGAUCUUCUUCGGCCUAUCACGAACAUACUGGACCCUGGUUUUAAGUCGCUGCCUCAACGGGCUGCUCAACGGUAAUAUCGGGGUCAUGAAGAGCAUGAUCGGGGAAAUAAGCGAUUCCAGCAACAUCGCCCAAGCGUUCGCUCUCAUGCCCGUAACAUGGGCAGCCGGCGUAUCCAUAGGACCGAUGAUUGGCGGCUCGCUCUCGCGGCCUCACGAUACAUGGCCCCACGUAUUCUCGCAUCCGUUCUGGCAGCAGUAUCCCUACUUCUUGCCGUGCUUUGUCUCGGCCGUGUUCUCCGCGUUUGUCUUCGUCAUCGUUCUCCUCUUCCUCAAGGAGACGGUACAAAAGGAACAUCGCCCCGAACCCUCAAAACCCUCCGACUACACCGACCUCGAGCGCGACCUCUCCGCCGAAGGCGCCGUCGCCUUCCACGAGGGCGAACCCGCCCUGCCUCCACACCCGCACCCCUCCCCGACCGACGCAGACGCCUCCCUCCGCGCUCUGCUCACCCGCCCCGUCGUCGUCAGCGUGCUCAACUACGGCCUGCUCGCGACGCUCGACAUCGCGUACUGCGCCCUCCAGCCGCUCUUCCUCUCCACGCCCGUCUCCGCCGGCGGCCUCGGCUUCUCCCCCCGCGCGAUCGGGCUGAUCAUGGGCGCCUUCGGCCUCGCGAACGGCGGAUUUCAGGUGCUGUUCCUGGCCAAGAUCGUGCGCGCGUUCGGCCUGGGGCCCGUGUUCCGCGUGGGCAUGCUCGCGUUCGUGCCAUUGUUCGCGCUGUUCCCCGUGAUGAACGUGCUGGCGCGGAGGAGCGAUGGAGAAGGAGGGGGAGGAGGGGGAGGAGGGGGGGUGGGGCCGGGGGUGUGGGCGGUGCUGGCGGUGCAGCUGACGUGCGCGAUGGUGAUGGAGCUCGCGUACGGGACGAUAUUCGUGUACGUGACGCACGCGGCGCCGUCGAGGCGGACGCUGGGCGCGGUGAACGGGAUCGCGCAGACGACGGCGAGCGUCGUGCGCGCGGUCGGGCCUGCGUUGUCGACGUCGCUGUUUGCGUUCUCGGUCAGUCACGAUUUGAUGGGAGGGUACGCGGUGUAUGUGGUAUUGGUGGCGAUGGCGGCGGCGGCGUUGGUGGCUGCGGUGCAGCUUCCGAAGAAUGGAUGGAAGGAGGAGGACAGUGAGGAGGAGUGA